AUGUCGUCGUCGGUACCCUAUCACAUUCCCGUCAGUGCUGCCCAGGUAGGGACUUACUUUGUGGCACAGUACUAUCAAGUAUUACAGCAACAACCCGAUUUUGUUUACCAGUUCUACAGCGAUGCCAGUACUAUGCUUCGUAUUGAUGGUUCUCUCAGAGAGUCCGCUGCUACAAUGCUCCAAAUCCAUGCUGUCAUUACGUCACUCAAUUAUAGUGGAAUUGAGAUCAGGACAGCACAUGCCCUAGAGUCUUGGAAUGGAGGUGUUCUUGUGAUGGUUUCUGGUUCUGUGCAAGUAAAAGACUUUGAUAAUAAGAGGAAAUUUGUAGAGACAUUUUUCCUUGCCCCUCAGGAGAAAGGCUAUUUUGUUCUUAAUGAUGUUUUUCACUUCAUUGAUGAACAACCAACUCACCAUCAUCCAGCUGUUGUAUUAGCCCAGAGCCAUCUUGAUUCCAAACUCAAUGCUGCUAGUGCCAUUCCAGAGCCAGUUCCUACCUAUUUGAUGGGCAGAGAAAUCCAGGCUAGGGAGUUUGUGGCCCCUGCUGAUGCCAAAGAAAAUGGUCCUGUUGAUGGCUAUACUUUCCCAGAGCAAAGUUUGCAGCAAGCAUCUGAAUCUGAAAACAUUCUGCAGAAAAAUUCUGUGGAAGAGCCAAAUGGUUCACUUCAAAAUACAGCAAGUACUGCACAGGACUACCAGCCUGCCUCUGUUGAGGAGCCUGCUGGCGAGCCCCUAAAACACACAUAUGCUUCUAUUUUACGGGUUGCUAAGGGUCAAUCUGCAACAUCAGUGACUCCCCAGCCAUCUGUCAAUAAGAAUGUACCAACUACUUCAGAAUGGAAUCACCCUCCACAGCCCACUGUUCAUCAAUCAACUAUGAUGUCAAAUUCAUUUGAAAGGUCAGAGGCAGAGACAGUUGAUGAGAUUUAUGAAGAUGAAAUAAGGUCUAUAUAUGUGAGAAACUUGCUGCCUACCACAUCAGAAGCUGAGAUUGAGGAGGAAUUCAAGAAUUUUGGUGAAAUUGUGCCUGAUGGAGUAGUCAUUCGAAGUCGCAAGGAUGUCGGUGUAUGUUAUGCAUUUGUUGAAUUUGAAGACAUGGCUGGUGUUCAUAAUGCCGUCAAGGCGGGUAGUGCAAUUGUUGGUGGACGGCAAGUAUACAUUGAAGAACGAAGACCAAACAGCAACAUCCCAUUUCGAGCAGGAAGAGGGAGGGGUAGAGGCAGGGGUGGCUACCCAACAGAUGUUCCAAGGGGACGUUUUAGCUCUCGGAGUUUUGGUAGGGGAGGUAGCUAUGAUGGAGGUGACAAGGACUACAACAGACCAAGAGGAAAUGGUUAUUAUAGGCCUGGUCCUCGCCAAGAUAGAGGGUUCUCAGGUCACCAAGUAUCAAAUCAAUCAGAUUAG